AGAGGCAUCCUCACAACUAAAACGGUCCAGUAGUUCGGAAACAUUCAAACGGCAAACAAGUACCAACAACGGGCGGUUCGAUUGCGAUUAACCAUCAGUCCGAUUAUCAUGGAAGCGUACCUGAAGCACGAGGAUGGGAAAUAUAAUGCGGCUGAUCCGACCGAUCCUUCCAGCUUCAGUAGAAUAAAGUUUAUUAUUAAAGUUACUUUGCAUUUGGUGUGGAACAUUCCGGCAUUAUUAGGUGAUAUUCUCAGUGCAAUUUUGUGGACCCCGAAGAAGUCGAUCCGUGGUCAGAUUGCUCUGGUGACCGGAGGCGGAAAUGGGUUGGGACGGGCGAUAAGUUUCCGGUUGGCCAAGGAAGGUUGUCGUGUUGCGGUGGCCGAUAUUGAUUUGAUCAGUGCCCGGAAUACGGCCGAAGAACUUUGCAAAACCGGAGUUCAGUGUGCUGCUUUUCAUGUAGAUGUUUCGAAAAAAGAUUCGAUUCGGCAGUUGAGAACGGAAAUCGAAAAGUCCAUGGGUGAAGUUGACAUACUGGUCAAUAAUGCCGGGCUGCUGGCACUUGCUUCUAGCUCCGAGGGUACCGAUGAGGAGGUCCAGAGGAUUAUCGACGUGAAUUUGACUUCACACUUUUGGACCGUCCGGGAGUUCAAACCAUCGAUGGUGAGGCGAAAGCGAGGACACAUUGUUGCAGUUUGUUCAGUUCUAGGACUAUUGGCCGUUUUCCGCGGAAUUGGGUACUGCGCGACCAAGCACGGUGUUCGAGGAUUCAUGAGAACGCUUCGCGAAGAGCUGGUAUUCCUGAACUUGGAUAAGCACAUACACACGACAACCGUUUUCCCAACGUUCAUCUCGACACGGAAGGAACUGAUGGACAUCGUUUACGAUAUGCUGGGGAUUUGUUUGAAAACAGUGACUCCAGAACAAGCAGCCAGAGCAAUUGUAGCUGCUCUUCAGAAGAACCAACACGAAAAACGGAUCAUUCCGUUUCCGGACAAUUACUUCAUUCGAAUUCAAUCCUUCUUACCGGCACGAGUAAUGAGGAUUGCAAUCAAAUGUGGAAUGAAGAAAAACUCGGAUAUAACGCCGACAGUUUGACGAAAUGGAAACUGCUAUCACACCGUUAAAAGUGUUUUGUUAUCUUGUUUGUAUGUUUACAAAGCAGUAGUCAAUAAAUUAUUUUUUUUUCUUA